CUGCCACCACCACAGCCGCAGCCGCGCAUCGUUACCUUCAAGACAUUGAAGGAUAACGGAGCGGAAGAGUUUCGAGGAGACAAGAUGGGGGAGCCCCAUAUUGCGUUAGAUGUUCCCUGAUGCAGAUCGCUCGGAGUUGGCGUCACAGAUGUUUCGGAAGGGAGCAUAUGAUUGGUGGAAGCGCAUUGACCAAGAUCCACACACGCCCAAGCCUUGGACCUGGGAUCGCUUUGAUCGAGCUUUCACGAAGGAGUACGUCCCCACCCGGUACCGCGAGGAGAGGCGCGAUGAGUUCGUUGCGCUUAAGCAGGAGGGGAUGUCAUUGCCUGAACUGAGACAGAAGUUCGACUACCUGUCCCAGUAUGCGACGAGUCUGGUCUCCACUCCGGAGGAUCGUUUGAAUGAGUUCGUCAAGAAGCUACGGCCGGACUUGAGGCCGUAUGCUGCGCUGAUCACGACGACAGAUUUUAAUGCGGCGUAUGAUUUGAUAGUGAGGAUGGAAAAGAGCUUGGAUGAUUUGCAGGCGACCAAUAAGGAGGAUCGAGCGACGAAAGACCCGCGACUCGCGGCCAGCGCCGGGCCGAGCGGGAAGAGUUUUGGAUUCGGGGGAAAGAGGUACGAGAAGGGAUCUUCGAGUGCGCCGCCGCCUAAGAGGAGUAAGUCGAAGCCAUCUCCGUCGGCCGCCGCUAGCAACGCGAUCAGAACGAAGAGCCACACGCAGUGUGUACAGUGUGGUAGGCAUCACCCGGGCGAGUGUUGGCUCGCCCAAGGCUUAUGUUUGGGUUGUGGUCAGCCAGGGCAUUUCAAGAGGCAUUGCCCGACAAACCCUAGCAGCGAGCCUGUUUUUCUUAUAGCUCCGGAUCAGCCUGCCGCAUCGCAUCCAGCACGGAGUCAGCAGUCUACAGCCGCAAAUAAUCAGCAGAGACCACAACCGCAGCAGACAGGCUGUGCACCAGCGCGUACCUAUGCCAUGCAAGGGUGCACAGAUUCUAAUCUCGAUGUUAUCUUGGGUACGUUCAUACUAUUUGAUUCGGUUAUGCAUGCCUUGAUCGAUCCGGGUUCCACGCUCUCCUAUAUCUGUGUUGACAUGCCUGCUAAUUCUGCGAUCGUGAGGAGUGACCUUGAGAUACCUACCGUCGUAUCGAAUCCGCUAGGACAUAGCAUGCGUCUUCAUCACAUUUAUCAUAGGUGUCCGUUGUCCGUGCAAGAGAAGCAAUUCCCUGCAGAUUUGAUAGAGCUACCACACAAGGAGUUUGACAUUAUCCUUGGUAUGGAUUGGCUCACCGAGUAUAGAGCAGUGGUCGACUGCAGUAGUCGGACCGUAUGGCUGAGAGCCGAUGACGGUAGCGACGUGUCACUCUCCGGGGAGGUGUUCCCCAAGGCUCCUGAGUUUAUAUCGUCCAUGAGCGCGAGGCGCUUGAUUCGCAAGAAGUGCGAGAUGUUCCUGUGUCACGUUCAGGAUAUGCGGAAAGAAUCACCACGUCAGCAGGACAUCCCUACAUUUUGCGACUUCCCCGACGUCUUUCCUGAAGACCUUCCUGGUUUGCCUCCGCCGAGAGAGGUAGAGUUCUCGAUCAAUCUCAUUCCGGAGUGCCCUCUGCCACUCCCUUACAGUGAUGAAGGAGAUUGCAGGAAGCUUAAAAAUGACAAGGACGAAGGAUGGAGAUUCUGCCCCAACUGGGUGCUCACUUCUGAAAGGGUUGAUGAAGAUCGAAAGGGUCCUGGAAAUAUGCUCCUUAUUGACUCUAUAAUGGAACAAGAACGGGAAGGUGCUCUAAAACACACUCCAGAUGCAGAACCUCUAAUUGACCAGGAUUGUCUGAAGAUACUCGAUCAAGUGAUUAGGGACAACCUUAACGUCUUCUGGAGAUCAGUAGCAAACAAAAGAUUUUUGCAAGUUCUUAAGAAGGGUGAGUUACUCAGUUACUCAGGGGAAGUUAUCAGGGUCACUAGAGAAGCAAUGAAGAGCUUCGAAUUCAUUGAUGCAGCAAUAAUUCAAGGAGCAAAGUAUCCGGUAUUCCUUGCUUAUGCAAAGGAGGAUAUGGAGCUCUUCCAUGGGGAACCUGGAGAUAUCCCGGGCACAGUAUGUGAUUUUUAUAAAAACUCCCCUUCAAUAUCCUUCACGACGGAGGAGGAAAGGAAGCUGGCCGGGAAAUUCGCACAGACACUGGUAGGAAGAUGCAUUAGCCGAGUCCACCUAUCUGAGGUUGAAGAUUUCUUAAGCAAGGGCAGAUUCAAGGAGUUCAAAUUACGAAGGCUUCAAUCCAAUGAACUUCUCUUCAUCUUUAAACAUGAAGAAGACUACCUUCGCUGGUUUUCAAGAAGGAGGUGGAAAAUUAAAGGAUGUAUCAUCCCUAUUUGCAAGGGGACGCCGGAGCAUGAACCCUCAGCAGACUCACCUCUCUUCCCUCUUUGGGUUGAGUUGAAGAACUUCCCCAUUCACCUCAAUGACCACAAAGCAAUCUUCUCAAUAGCUUCUGCUCUUGGGAAAUUAAUCAAGCUGGACUCCAACUCGGUCAUUGGAGUUAAACCCGACCAGAUUAGGGUCUGCGUUGAGAGAGACCUGUCCAUCCCCUUUCCUUCUCAUAUUCAUAUCAGGCUUGGAACUAAAGAUCUCUGGUUACCCUGCAGAUUUGAAAACCCUCCCCUAUACUGCCCAAUGUGUCACAGAUACAAACCAAUACACCAACAACAACAGGACAAAAGCAACAAGAGUAAAGGACUAGAGGGCAUAUCCAGGUUUUCAAACACUCACGUCCAAAAGGGUGAGCCCGCAACCAACCAUACGCCAAAACAGGUUCAUUGGGAAGACACGAUGCCUAUGGUGGAAGAUGUACCUGAAGAAGAUACCAAUUACCCCCCAACCAUGACAAGUGUACGCUCCCAAGGCAGGACCUGGUGUAGACUAGAUAGAGUAAUGAUUCACCUGGACCUUCUCAUCUUCUUUCAAGACGUGGAGCUUCAUCACCUUUCCAAAGCCAACUCUGAUCACAAUACUCCCAAGCCUUUCAGAUUUCUAAACACCUGGACCCUUCAUGAGAACUUCCUCCAUACUGUUAAGCUUUCUUGGGAAAAUUCCCCUACCACUAGACGUAUGAGAGGUCUCCUUCAGAAACUCAAAGCUGUGAAGCAAACCCUGAAGAAAUGGAAUAAAGAUACUUUUGGAAACAUUCACUCUAAACUCAAAGAAGCCGAAGCAAGGGCCAACCAAAGCCAAAAAGAAUUCAAGGACUUCCCAAAUGAGGAAAACAGAACUGCUGCUCAAAGGGACAAUUUUGCACUGAUCGUAGCGACGAACAUGGAGGUGGAAUAUUGGAGGCAAAAAGCUCAAAUCAGAUGGCUAGACAAGGGAGACUCUAACACCAAACUCUUCCAAGCCUUUGCAAAGGGAAAAAGAAAGAAGCUUCAAAUUUCUCACAUCAUUGAUGGGAAUGGCAAGGGACUCAAUAACAUGGAUGACAUCAAACAAGAAGCUAUCAGACACUUUCAGAACCAAUUCCAAGCUCCAGCAACUUCCAUUCCUAAUUUGGGCAAUAUUCUGCCCUUUAUCCCUCCUCUCAUCUCCAAUGAAGACAACCUAUUUCUUACUAAGCUCCCAGAUUUGGCUGAGGUAAAAGCAACCGUUUGGGACCUGGAUCCUGACAGCGCAAGUCACCCGGAUGGCUCUAAUGAACAAGGAGCUUUCCAGAAAGGUAAGUCCAUUGAUGACCAUAUUCUCCUUGCUCAAGAAGCCAUACAUGGACUAGACAGAAAGCAAUCUGCUAAUGGCAAACCUCCGGAGCUCCUUCAUUUCUUCCCCAUGACCGGAGGAGUUAAACAGGGCGUUCCCCUCUCUCCACUUCUUUUCAUUCUAGGGUUUGAAGCUUUCUACAGAUACCUAAACCACUCCAUGGAGAGCAACACUAUCAAGUGUUUCAACUUGGGAAGUGUUAGGAUGCCCAGCCAUCUCAUUUACGCAUAUGACUUGAUGAUCUUUACAAAAGGGGACAUCCUCAACCUUCUUAAACUUAACCAAAUUCUUAAAGUUUUUAUGCAGGCUUCAGGGCAGCAGAUAAACUUUUCAAAAAGCAGAUUCUACACUCCAAAAUCCACCACUGCAGAUCAACAACUCAAGAUGGAAAAAGCCCUGUCCAUGAAGUGUGGAAGCCUCCCCUUUACCUACUUGGGAGCCACCUUACGUAGAGGCAAUUCCCUUAUGGCUAAUUUCCUUUGGGGCCAAAGGAAUGGCGGGGCUAAAUACCCCUGGAGGAACUGGAACUUUACAUGCCAAAACAAGAGUGUUAGAGGCCUCGAGAUUAGGAGCCUCUUACAAAUUGAAACAACAUACUCUCUCAAAAUCUGGUGGAAAGCUCAGCAUGAUCAAAGUCCUUUGGCUAUACUGGUUCGAGCAAAAUACAUGAAGGAUGGGUGCAUCAAAGAACCUCUCCCAGAUUCCCCAACUUGGAAACGAAUAUGUAGAAUUCACUCUCUGGGCAUUUCUCACGCACAAAGGAACAACGGGCAGGCCCUCUGGAAUAACGGUCAGUUCUCUCUCAAGCAAGCGUAUAGAGCCACUGAGGAUCAUCUACCUGCACUUCUCUCAACCAAAUUUAUCUGGAACAAAGCGCAAAUCCCAAAGCUUCGUUUUUUCCAAUGGAAGAUCUUCAAUAACUCCCUUCCUUUCCCUACAAACCUUCGAAGAUUCCACCUUGCACUUCCUAGUCGCUGCAGUUUUUGCUUUAACUCUGAAGAAGACUUGGAUCACUGCCUCCUCAACUGCAAAGAGAGCAAAACUAUUUGGAACUAUUCCGCAGGCAUGGUGGAUGCUCCCAUGCUCACGUCAAACCUCUUACUUCGCCAACAUGCAAUCUCAUGGUGGGUCCGGCAAAGACAACUCCGGCUGUGGAUGAUGGACGAUACAACAGUGGCAUGGCUCUACACGGUGCAGAAUUUAGAAGCUGGAAUCCUGGAAAAGCUUGGCCGCCAUCUACGAACAAGGAAGAACAAAUCAAGGGGAGUACUUUGUUUAUUUUACUUCAUUUCACACAUCCCAAACCUCCUCACUGUUGAUGACAACAGUCUGCUUACCCAACUCCCUAAUGAGAAAGAAGUCAAAGAUGCCAUGUGGAAUCUAUACCCCCAAAGUGCUGCAGGCCCUGAUGGAUUCACUGGAGAAUUCUACAAAAGUUUCUGGGAUAUUAUCAAGAAAGAUGUGGGUGGCUUUGUCAAAGGAAGGCGGAUCCAUGACCAAAUUCUGAUUACCGAGGAGAUCAUCCAGAACUUGGACUACAAGACAAGGGGAGGCAAUAUUGCCAUUAAGCUGGACAUGUCCAAAGCCGGUCGCCGCCGUACAAUUGGAGCAGCCGCCGGCGUCGCCGCUCAUCGCCGCCGCCAGUCGCUGCCCAGCGUCGCCCUUCCCCAGCCUCGCCGCAGCCAAUCGUCGCUGCCCGGCGUAGCGCAAGCCAGAGUCGCCGCCGCUAGUCGCCUUCCCCAGUCGGUCGUCGCCGUCCAGUUGGAGCCGCCGUCGCCUUCCCCAGCCUCGCCGCCAUCAUCGCCGACUGGUGCAGCGCCGCCGUGAGCCAGCCGCCGAUCGUCGCCGUCCAACUGAAGCAGCCAGCCGCCGGUGUCGCCGCUCAUCGCCGCCGUCGAUUGCAGCGCCGCCGCUGCCUCGCCUUCGCCUUCGCCCUUUGUACAGCGGCCAUCCGCCGCCGUCGAGUGCAGCGCCGCCGUCGAGUGCAGCGCCGCCAGUCGCUGCUCACCGCCGUCGAGCUGCCGCUCCGCCACUGUCGCCGGCGUCCGUCACCGUCGCCGCAUCCGGCCGCUGCCCCGAGUUGAUAUCGCCGGCAGAUUAACCUCCACGCCGGAUUGAUUGGUCGAUUUUGUAUUUUGACUCGAUUUGACCCGUUCGGUUGAUUUCGUUGAUUUGUCUUCCGUUCGAGCUAUCAAUUCGAUUUCGACGUAAUCCAGGUCCGUACUAUGAAGUUAAUA